CCCUAAUGAAGUUGUGGUAUGAUUUAAAUACUCUUUGCUUCUUACGACUAUCUUCAAUCAAUGGUCAAAAAUGAUAGUGUAAUUUUUUUAAUAGUUUUAGUAGUAAUUUACGUUCAGUUGGCGGCCCAAAUGAGAUGGGCGAAGACAUACUCGCGUAAUGUGUUGAUCAUUCUUAUCAGUGAACUAGCAUUGUUCAUUGCCAAAUGAACAUUUGAUAUUUUGCCAAGAUGCUGGAGAAUACUACCAAUGUUUGUUUCUUUGACCUUCUGGCUCGUGUUUUCUGUGGUUUCGAAUCAGUUUUCUUGGAAAUCUAUUUUAAAUCUGUUGUGUUACCAAAUCCUUCUUGGAAUCGGCUUAGACAUCGUUCUGAAGUUCAAAUCAUACAUUGUCGAAAAUGUUGAGACUAACGCCGAAAGGUUAUCAUUAAGGGCUGACUCCUACCGAAGUUGUGGUAUGAUUUAAAUACUUUUUCCUUCUUAAAACUAUCUUUAAUCAAUGGUCAAAAAUGAUAGUGUAAUUUUUUUAAUAGUUUUAGUAGUAGUUUAUGUUCAGUUGGCGGUCCAAAUGAGAUGGGCGAAGACAUACUCGCGUAAUGUGUUGAUCAUUCUUAUCAGUGAACUAGCAUUGUUCAUUGCCAAAUGAACAUUAGAUGUUUUACCAAGAUGCUGGAGAAUCAGUUUUCUUGGAAAUCUUUUUUAAAUCUCGUGGUGUUACUAAAUCCUUCUUGGAAUCGGUUUAGAAAUCGUUCUGAAGUUCAAAUCAUACAUUCUCGAAAAUGUUGAGGUUAACGCCGAAAGGUUAUCAUUAAGGGUUGUACGUGAAAUUCGUGAUCACUAAUGGUCGUCGUCGGUUCAGUUUAAAUCUGGAACGGUAAUCGUGCUGACGUCUUGGAAUGUUUCACGGAAGUUGGAUUGUUUCGUCGUGGAUCGUGGUGCUUUUGGCACAACAGGACCUUGCUGAAACCUCACCGAAAAGUGUUUCAAUUCCGAGCGUUUGUUUCAACGGGGCAUACGAUAAUGUGGGAAAUUGUGUUUGCAAUCCCGGUUUCAGUGAAUACAAGGGCAACUGUUUUUUAACUAGCGUUUCAUCGUCCUGCCCAUCGGGUUCUAUAUUAUGGAAUGGAAAUUGUCAACCAAAAGCUCUUCCACCGAUGCAGGAUAUAAUUCCAGCGAAGCACACGUACGUCGUUGUGCCUCCGUUGCGUGUUUCGUUAUUGAGCCCGAAUCAGACAGAUCCACUCGAUCCGACAUUCACAGAGGAGGCAGCAUCAGAUGAUGAAGAGGGCGAAGAGGACCACGUGUAUAUGCCACCGGUUCGAGAUCAUUAUUUUAACGUGAGCUACCAGAAAAUUGUUAACAACCAUAAUGUUAUUAAUAACGAUACGACUCAUAACACGCACAACGUGAAUAACGUCGUAGUUCACUUAACCCGCAAAAAACCAAACGGUGUCAUAAAAACGGUGGUGAUAAGAAAUAAUGAAACGACCGUAUAUGAAGAAGAACCGAGUGAAAAGCAUUCUACUAAAACAGAUGAUUCCAAAAAAGAGGACUGCCCAGAGGAACCUACUACAACGCAAGCGCCCAUCGAGAAUGUAACAUGUUGUACGAUCGUUUCUCCGAGAGUUUGCCGAAAGCAGACGGACGAGUGGGUUUGCUUUCACCGGAAGCAGUACGUAUGCAGCAAGUUUUGCACCGCAAAGAUAAUGUAUUUAAGACCUAGGGAACCAAGGUACCGAGAUCCUUGGCUGAUUAUGCCACCGAUGAAGAACCCCUUCGCACGAUUAAAUCUUUGCCAUUCGGGAGUGUGCCCCCGACCAGAUUGUUCCGGUUGUCUUCGAGGAAGGAGCCAGUGCCAUCCGAUGUGUUAUACGUACGACUGCAUGCAGGACGAUAGCUGCCACUAUAUUGAUCAGAAGUUGAUCUGCAAUGAUAAACCGAUGCAGGUAUGUGCGCUGCUGGAUGAUGAAGCUAUCGCAAUGCAACCACCACAAAACCAAACAAAACCAAUUGAAUAACUUAUAGAUAGGGUGAUGCUUUGUGAAUGCGCGAGGCACACUAAUAAUUAGUUACUUUAAGAAAAUUACACAAUAAAAUAAUCGUCCUCGUCGAUUUUAAAG